GGUAUCGCCCUCGACAUGAAACCCCCGACCCACUACCCUCAACAAAAAGAUAAACUCGAAGUGACGUGACUUGGUUGACUAAGACGAUUUCAUUGGUGACGUGACGAAUUAACAUGGCGAAUUCCGGGAUAAGAAAGAGAGAAAGCUUGGAGGCUAUACCGGCCGGCGAACAAUCGUUUGUGAGAAGAACUGUAAAAAACUUAGUUUCUGGAACAUUUAGUGGUAUAGCUGUUUGCCUCGUUGGUCAUCCAUUCGAUACCCUCAAGGUUCGUCUCCAAACACAACCCGUUGACAAACCGGUGUACAAAGGACUUUUGGAUUGUUUUGUGAAAACCAUGAAAUGGGAAGGAAUUGGAGGACUGUACAAAGGAGUUGGUGAGAAGUCUAUGUGUUUUGCUUUUUUUCCAGUGUCUCAAUAAACUUUUUUCAUAUGUCCCAAGUUUUGCAAGGGUGAAGAGAUCUAUGCUAUAUUUAGAUUUACCGGUAUUUAAGGAACUUGAAUCUAUUCCUACCGCAAAAUACCGAGGGAACAUAAGCCUAACAACUUUAAAAGAAACCACAGUUUCAUACUCAUGAUUAAAUUAUUGGACUCCUACUUCACAGUCUUUCAGUUUUGCUAAUCACUUGAAUGAUUGCAGACGAAAUUGAACUCCGCUCAUUCUUAUUACCAAUUGCAAGCAAUUAUCAAAUUUGGACAACUACAAAGCAGGAUGACUAGUAACUGUCUUAUUACAGGUGCCCAAUUUCAACCAACUGUCCCAUUAUACUUUCAGAUUACAACCCUCCAGAACUGAAGUGAUAAGUGUUUCAAGCAGUUUAUCCACCAAUGGUUUUUAAAAGGAGGAUCUUUGAUCCUUUUUUUCAGUGACUGAUUACACUAUAUUUUUAUAGUUUUUACCAGAACGCAAGUCAAAUAAAUUUUUAAAACAUAUUCAUUUGUUGAAUAAUCAUGCUUCAAAUCACUGUUUUCUCUCCAGGCUCACCCAUUGUGGGUCAGAUGUUUUUCAGAGCAACUCUCUUUACAUCCUAUUAUCAGGCAAGUGGAACAAAUUAGUAAUGAAAUUUAUUAUGCAUUGCUACAUUAUGUGUCUAUACAAGUGCUACUCUAUUUUUAAAAAAAGAGAGAAUAAUAAAAGGGUUUGUACAGUCUUGAAAUAGCUUUAAUUAAGAGAAGUGAAGCUCUUUCCAUUGAUUCUUACAGAGUGAAAUGUUUGUCAGCACAAUGGAUUUCUGAUAAAGUUUUUUUGGUCAUCAAGAAACUUCAAACAACAUCUUGACUUGAACAAUUUGAAGUCAAAGAAUGUCAUGCCAUAUACUGGCAGUAAUAGUGGUGUGUCUUUGAUUAUAUGCUAACUUCAAACCCUUGUGGCUGCAGUCUCUCAAAAGUGUUUUAAAAAGUGUGGACGAGAAAAGAUCCAUCCUUUGAAUGAACACCUUGAAGAAAGUUGUAGAUUAGAAAGGUUGCUUUUUGCUAUCUACCACUGCUUUACAGAGACAGGAAAUACUGACUAUUGUAAGAUGUUUUUUAUCUGUAUAAGGCACAUGUAGCACACAUAGUGAAAAAAAAUUCACCAGUCCAAUUUAUUGAUAUUUAAGAUGACUUUUUUUUUACUCCACAGAUAACUGCAUUUUUUGCUGGAAAAGAUCGUCUUGGUCAGCGCCUCACAGUUCCAGAGUACUUUCUAUGUGGUAUGUUUACAGGUGCUGUUGCUGCUUUGGUUGAAGGACCCAUUGAUUUGGUGAGUGUUUAUUUCUCAUUAAAACUAGAUUCAGCUUUGGAAACUUAGUGAUAGUUAAUCUCCAAACACAAUGAAAAUAACUAAACGGCAACCACAAUUUGUUAAUUUUACAUAAUAAUAUUGCUUUUUUUUCUCUGAGGCCUUAUUUGGGAUGAUCUUACAUUUGGUGGAAGCAUCAUAUAGUGCUUGAAAUUAAUGGGUUUUAUAUAUUCUAUAUACAUUGUUUUUAUCCUUUACAGGUGAAUGACAAACUCACAUAAUGACUACCUUACAGUUUAGUUGACCUUCAUAGCGCAGUUGGUAAAGGUAGUGCACCAAUAUCCAAAAAUAAUUAAAUAUAAAUUCAAAGUCCUGUUCUGACCUAAAUUUAUUCUAUCAUUAUUUAACAACUCUCUAAGUUAUCAAAGCGAGUGGGAUGAUCUAACAGGGUAAUUAUUGAAACUGAUAUUUUGCAGGUUAAUUGUUUGAUUUUCAGAUAUUCACUCAGAUGUUCAUAUGUGGGUUAUUUAUAAAACAUCUUGUUUUUUUAUUUAAAGAUGACCUAACUGAAUCCCUUCUUUUCUCAGUGGAGCAUAGGUUCAUGGAAUUUUUGCUGCCUAUUGGUCUGUCCAGCCUUACUCAACCCAUUGCCCAUACUUAGGGACAACCUUGACUCCCCUUUCUUUGAAAGUCCCACUGUUGAGACCAGCUACCUUUCCAUUCUUUAGAUGCUUGAUGGCCCUCUAGAUCUCUGCUGCACAUAGCCUGUACCAACUGACCUGCAAAGUAUCUCACUUAGUAGGUAGAUCCCUUAAGGGCUCUGCCCAACUUUUUCAUACUCUUCUUGAUCAGUGACCAACUGUCUGCUUUUGCCUCUGAUAGGUCUGUCAUCAAUCUUUCUAGCACCUGCCAGUGUUCUUGUGAUGGAAUGUAGCCUUUUUUUGAUUGCCUCUGUAUGAUCCUUCCCCCUUCCACAAAGUUCAUUCAGGUUGUUCCUGAUGUGUCACUGAACCUCCUUGUUGGUGUCAAUGUAUCAGAUACAGCCUCUAUCUUUCUGCUGUGGUGCAGUGUCUCCUUCAACUGGCUUUUGUUGUAUUCAAAGUCUUAUGCUGUUUGCACUUUCUUUCCUAGCAUGUCUUGAAAGAUAUCCUUUAGUUGUCAUGUCCUGUCCCACUUAGGAGCACAUAGGAAUAUACCUCAUCAUCCUUAUGGCAUAUUUGUGGCUUAUUUUCUUCAUGUUAAUAUCGCUCUUCAGCUUCAGGGUGAUGGUAUUGUGGAGCAACACUGACCCCUCUGUUUUCUCUGACAUCAAAUAAUGACAUUGUUGUGAACUUGAAAAAUGUUUAGAUGUGGUCAAUUGUGGGUCCUGCAACACUCAACCCCUUAUGUUUUCUCUGACAUCAAAAUCUAAUGAAGGAACAAAAGUUGAACUUUAUCCUACAAUUUCUUUAGCCCUUGCUUUCUGGAUUUUCUAUAUCUGCUCCUGUUUGUAUGACAGGUUUGGGAUGGGAGAAUUCCAGAGAGUUUCACAAAUCCUUGAGUGCAUUUCUUUCUCCAUACAUUCAAGCCGCCUCAUGUUUUAUAUUGAAAAUGAAAUAACGUUAAGAGUUCCUUUAAAAAUUUGGAUAUAAUUCAAAGUUCAUUAGACUGGUAUGAAAUCAAUAUUUUUCUUUGGAUUCCUGUUGCAUUAGUUAGUCCUAGAUAAUAGCUAGAUUUCUUGUGUAAAAUAAGGUUGAGCGAUGCUUCUGAGGAUGAGCUAGUAAAGGCCAAGGGUGAACCUACCUCCUUCCACUACUAACAUUUUAGUCUUCUCAUCAAAUUCAAUCCAAUGUACCUAGGUAACCUCAUAUCCAGACUUCUUUAACUGCUAAAUUUUGAAGUAGAGGUUACAGGGAAGUCCACAAACUAGUUUAAAAGGAGUGUAAAAUCAUACAGUCAUUGCUUUCAGUGCUGACAAAACGUUAGAGUUCAAUUUGUUACUUUGAAAUAUCUAACAAAAUACACUGUUUGGUCUUCUUUAGUUCAAGUCAAAGAUGCAAAUCCAAAUAAUACGAGCGAAAUCUGGAGAGUCAGUCAUGUAUAGGAAUGUGUUCCAUGCAGCUUAUGUUAUUGUAAAAAAACAUGGAAUCCGAGGAGCUUACCAAGGUCUGCCUGCUACGUGGCUAAGGAAUAUUCCAGCUAAUUCAGCUUUCUUUGGUGAGUUUAAACAAAACCUCGAAUUAGUUUAUCUAUGGGAUAGGGUUCAAUUUUAAAUCUGAGCUAAUCAAACCCGAAACUUAGUAUUGAUCCACGGAUUUUGCGAACGAAUAAGUGCUUCUUUGAAAUUUUUUUCCUUGAAAGAAAAACUAGCGAGAAACACUGUGAAGUCCAGUGCGUAUUGUUUGACUAACGCAGACUUCUGCAGGGCGUCGUGGUGGCACUACAACACAAGGAGUCUGUCUACAUACCAUGAUCAGAAAGUAUGCCUUAAUUAGAAGAAACAGAAAAAACAUGUUGAAGUAUGUUUUCAGCGUUUUAAAGCUGUAAUUUGCAGUGUUGCUCACUAACUUAGCUUUCAUAUGACAAACCUAUGAUUGUCUUCUUAUUCUUCCAGGUUUCUAUGAAUUAUGUCGCACUCUGUCGAUACCCGAGGGAGGUACGGUAUUUGACUUAUCCCCCAUGGCAUUACUUGCCUCUGGGGGAACCGGGGGAUUUCUAUAUUGGUUCCUUACAUACCCUACGGAUGUUAUCAAGUCUACUAUGCAAGCCGAUGAUUCUGUGGUGGAGAAAAGACGAUUUAAAAGCAUUAGGGACUGUGUAAAAAAACUUUAUAACGACGAAGGAGGAUGGAGGCGAUUCUACAGAGGCUUUACCCCGUGUUUAAUGCGAUCCAUUCCAGCAAAUGCUACUUUGUUCUUUGUUGUUGAAACAAUCAGAAAGUAUCUUCCGAUAUAGGCCUGACAAGGUUUUAAGACCGAGACUCUCCUAGUUAAAGAAUUAUGAGAAAUUUUGUGACCAAAAACUGGUUACGAAACACAUCGCAGCAAUAUCAACAAUAUCGACAACUUUCAAUCUUAAAAUAAGCAGCUAGUCUAUGGCCCGUUUCUAGAAGAUCCUAGUAACUUAGCGGGCCCGUAAAGCUGCUCUGUUUUCAUUUAAGAUGGGGGUUUAGAGGGUUAAAUUAAAAUAUAAAACUUUCAUAUAAAGAAACAAGAACGAUUGGCUAAGGUGCAAGAACCUGCCUCGCAAUUCUUUAACUUCUGAUUCUAUGGCUUGGGGCCCGUUCAGUUACUUGGACCAUCUAGAAAAAGCCCUCCCCUCCCCAGCUCGCAGAUAGCUAGUGCUAUUCUAGGCGGGAUAAUCUUCAAAAUCUAAUCAAGGAUUCCUAGAUUACCAUACAUUAAUAUUGACAUAGCUAUGGCUGUUUCAACAACUCGGGGAAUUCUCACAUCAAAUGUCUUGGUUCUAAUUGAAUUAAAUAUUGCCGGCAAAAAACGGUUAUUAGCCACCAAAAGAUGGAUCACC